CUUCAAAAUGGACCAAACAAGAAACAGAAAUUCCUGUAGACGGCUAUGUUGCAAACCUAGAGGUGUUGUUCAGAAAAUUUUCGAGUACAAUUAAAAACGAAGAGAAAGAGAAAACGUUUAGAAUCGCCAUUCCCAGAAGUAAAGUGCCAUUCCGUGACGUGGAUGAGCCGUAGCCGACGAGUGUCUACCCGACGAGCCGACGCGUGAAGCCGACGAGUUCCCUUGAAGACAACGAGGACGUUUGGUACCAUCCUGACGUGGAUUCCAGUCGAUGCCCAUUAUUAAUGCUGUGGGAGGCCAUGGGAGGUCUAUUGAAGGCAUCAAAAGUAAAUGGAAACAACUUAAGUGCCGGACUGUUGCAGAGACACGAAAAAAACAUAAAGAAGUACAGAAGACAGGCGGUGGGGAGCCAGUAAAGGGACUCAAUACUGUUCAAGAAAAGGUACUCUCCUGUGUCCCAAAGGUGGUCCUGGAUGGGCUGAAAGGGAAUGAAACCAGACCAAUAGAGAGUUAAAUAUCGAUAAACCUAGAACAUGUAGCAAGCCUAGCAGGCGUAUUAAAAGACAUGUCUGGGAAGCCAGGUGGCAGCUGGCCAGGUGGUGGCCACCACAGAGAAAAAUGUCCUUUGGGUGCAGUCAAUGAGCUGUGGGGCCCAGCAGCUGCACGAAGAGGAGAAUUCCCGACAGGAAAACAUCAGAAGCUUAAUCGAAUCUAAGAUUCUACUUGUGAAUUGUGAGAUGGAAGCUGUCAGGGCCUGCAUGGGGCAUCUUAUGGAAACAUGCUCAAAUCAGAGAGAGGCUGAAGAGUCGCGCCAGAAUGACUGGCAAGAGAGACAAAACAAGAGCCUUACUUUAAUGUUGAAAAAUGUGCAAGAGCACACCCAUACUCAAAACAAGACUAUUCAAGACCUCAACCAAAAAAUUCAAUACCUGACCAUGGCUUUCAACAACAACCAGAAGGAGAUCAUCAAGAUGAUGAAAGAAAACCAGAAAGUUGUUACAGAGAUCUCUCAGCAGUCGGUGAGUGCAACUAGCACCAUGAUUGAAGAUAUAGAGGGUCACCUCACAGGAAUGAAGAGUGUGGUGGACACAGUCCAGGCAGAAAAGAAGUCGGAGAUGGCUGAUAUCAGGGAGCUUUUGACAAAACACCACUCGGCCACUAGUGGACACAUGAAGGAGGUGUGUUCUUGACAGUGCAUUCC